GGCCAGGCGGUGCCGCCUCCAGCCCCGAGAUGCCGCCAAGAUGCCCGAGAGCGCCUGGAAGUUUCUCUUCUACCUGGGCUGCUGGAGCUACAGCGCCUACCUGCUCUUCGGCACCGACUACCCCUUCUUCCACGACCCGCCCUCCGCCUUCUAUGACUGGACGCCGGGCAUGGCGGUCCCACGGGACAUCGCCGCCGCCUACCUGCUGCAGGGCAGCUUCUACGGGCACUCCAUCUACGCCACCCUCUACAUGGACACCUGGCGCAAGGACUCGGUGGUCAUGCUGCUCCACCAUGUGGUGGCCCUGGUCCUCAUUGUCGCCUCCUACGCCUUCCGGUACCACAACGUGGGGAUCCUCGUGCUCUUCCUGCACGACAUCAGCGACGUGCAGCUGGAGUUCACCAAGCUCAAUACCUACUUCAAAGCCCGCGACGGCUCCUACCGCCGGCUUCACGCGCUGGUGGCCGACCUGGGCUGCCUCAGCUUCAGCUUCAGCUGGUUCUGGUUCCGUCUCUACUGGUUCCCGCUCAAGGUCCUGUAUGCCACCAGCCACUCCAGCCUGGUCUCCGUGCCCGACAUCCCCUUCUACUUUUUCUUCAACGCACUCUUGCUGCUGCUCACCGUCAUGAACAUCUACUGGUUCCUGUACAUCGUGGCUUUUGCUGCCAAGGUGCUGACGGGCCAGAUGCGUGAGCUGAAGGACUUGCGGGAGUAUGACCCCUCUGAAGCCCCGAACCCCAAGCCCAGCAAAGCUGAGUGAGUG